AUGGAUUCAUCCAAAAUUUCACUUCGUCCUUUCAAACUCUCCGAUGCCGAUGACUUCCUGAAAUGGGCGAGUGAUGACAGAGUAACGCGCUUCCUGAAAUGGGCGAGUGAUGACAGACUCUGGGGACAAGGGAUCAUCACAUUGGCAUUGAAGAUAGCCGUCUCUAACAUCUUCAAAGAGUUCCCAUUUUUGGUGAGGAUUGAGGCUUUGGUUGAGGUUGAGAAUAAGGGGUCUCAAAAGGUUCUAGAGAAGGUCGGGUUUAUGAAAGAAUGGUUGUUGAGGAAGUAUGGGUAUUGCAAAGGUGAAUUCAGAGAAGGUCGGAUUGAACCUUUCUUAUCCACAGAUAAGAUCAAGUGACCGCACCCUUAGCCUUCUUAUCGAUGAAUUUCAGUAGCUAGCUGG